AUGUCGUCGGAUAGCAGGGGCAGCUCCCCCCCAGGCCCUCUGCCCUGGGCCCCGCUCAACCGCUACCCCAGCCCCCGGGGGCCCGGGACGUCACGGGCAGCACCACGGCAGGGCAUGCAUCUGGCUCCACGGCCCCCCCUGCGGAGCAGACAGACUUCACCUCAAAGCUGGAUUCCCGUCAUCAUCAUAAUUGUCGUCAUUAUCAAACGCGUGCGCUGCUCGUUGUGGUUGUCAUCAUUGUUGGCUCACCUGGUGGCCGCCUUCGAGAAGAGCCUGGCUAACAUGACGUGUCGCCUGCAGAGCCUGACCAUGACGGCCGAGCAGAAGGAGUCGGAGCUGGCCGAGCUGAGGGAGACCAUCGAGGCGCUGAAGACCCAGAACACGGACGCGCAGACGGCCAUCCAAGUGGCCCUCAACGGCCCAGACCACGCCCAGAAAGACCUGCGUAUCCGCCGGCAACACUCCUCCGACAGCAUGUCCAGUAUCAACAGCGGUGCCAGCCACUCCAGUGUGGGCAGUGCCACCGACGUGGACGCGAAGAAGAAGAAGAAGAAGAACUGGCUCCGCAGCUCCUUCAAACAGGCCUUUGGUAGCAAGAAGAAGUCGACCAAACCGCCGUCGUCGCACUCGGACAUCGAGGAGCAGACGGACUCCUCACAGCCGUCGUCGCCUAAGCUGCAGCACGCUGCCAGGCAGGGCAGCAUGUCCAACCUGAGAGCCUCGCCCUCCAGCUCAGACAAGUGUUUUUGCGAUAGCAAGUCUUCUCCCAUUUGGAUGCCAAAGAGGAGGCAAAAUGGUCACGUGAUCUACAAGCACAGAUCUCGACUGUGCGAGUGCACGGAGGCAGAGGCCGAGAUCAUCCUGCAGCUGAAGAACGAGCUGCGGGAGAAGGAGCUCAAACUGACCGACAUCCGGCUGGAGGCCCUGAGCUCCGCCCACCACCUGGACCAGAUCCGCGAGGCCAUGAACCGCAUGCAGAACGAGAUCGAGACGCUGAAGGCUGAGAAUGACCGGCUGAAGUCCACCGGGGGGAGCACACCCACCGCCACGCCGGCCAAGGCCGCCCGCCCACCAUCAGAGACCUCCAGCACCUCCUCAACCUCCUCGCGCCAGUCGCUGGGCAUGUCGCUGAACAACCUCAACAUCAGCGACACCAUCGUGUCAGAUAUCCUUCUGGACGACGGGAGUGAGGGCAACCUACGCAAGGAGGGCCGCAGCGUGCGCAUCGUGGUCGCUAUCACCAGCAGCUCCAGGAGGACCAAGGGUGCAAAAUGCCUGGAGUAUCUUAUGGGAUCCAUCGGCGUGAGCGGGAAAACCAAAUGGGACGUUCUGGAUGGAGUAAUAAGGCGCCUGUUCAAAGAGUACGUGUUCCGUGUGGACCCUCUGAGCAGUCUGGGUCUGACCUCGGACAGCAUCGUGGGCUACCGGCUGGGCGACGUGGUGCGUGCCCACGGCUCUGAGGUGCCGGAGCUGCUGCCGUGUGGCUACCUGGUGGGCGACAACAACGUCAUCACUGUCAGCCUCAAAGGUGUGAGAGAGAACAGCAUUGACAGCCUGGUGUUCGACACACUCAUUCCCAAGACCAUCAUGCAGCGGUACCUGAACCUCUUGGUGGAGCACCGGCGCAUCAUUCUGUCCGGGCCCAGCGGCACCGGCAAGUCCUACCUGGCCUGCAAGCUGGCGGAGUUCCUCAUCACCAAGUCGGGCCACCAGGUCACUGAGCGCAACGUGGUCAGCUUUAACGUGGACCACAAGUCCAGCAAGGACCUGCGGCAGUACCUGUCCACCCUAGCGCAGCAGUGCAACUCGGAGCACAGCGAGUCAGAGCUCCCUCAGGUAGUCAUCCUGGACAACCUGCACCACGUGGGCUCCCUCAGCGACAUCUUCAACGGCUUCCUCAACUGCAAGUACCACCGAUGCCCCUAUGUCAUAGGCACCAUGAACCAAGGUGUGUCAUCCCCACCCAACCUGGAACUCCACCACAAUUUCAGAUGGGUGCUCUGUGCCAACCACACGGAGCCGGUUAAGGGCUUCCUGGGGCGCUUCCUGCGACGGAAGCUCAUCGAGAGCGGGCGCAGCAACGACCUCAGCAAGGUCAUCGACUGGAUCCCCAAAGCCUGGCAGCACCUCAACGGCUUCCUGGAGGCACACAGCUCAUCUGACGUCACCAUUGGUCCCCGGCUCUUCCUGUCCUGCCCCAUGGACGUUGAUGGCUCACGGGUGUGGUUCACCGACCUGUGGAACUACUCGCUAGUGCCCUAUUUGCUGGAGGCCGUGAGGGAGGGGCUGCAGCUGUAUGGUAAGAGAGCCGUGUGGGAGGACCCUUCCAGGUGGGUGAUGGACACGUACCCCUGGAGCCCCGCCCCCCUGCAGCAUGAUGGACAGGCCCUCCUCCAACUGCGGCCAGAGGACGUGGGAUAUGACGGGUACAGCUCUGCCAAAGAGGGCGCCACUUGCAAGCAGAUGUCACAGAGCGACACAGAGGGGGACCCGCUGAUGAACAUGCUGAUGAAGCUACAGGAAGCGGCCAACUACUCAAGCGCCCAGAGCUGCGAGGGCGACAGCCACCACGAUGAGCUGCUGGACUCCUCGCUGGAGUCGACACUUUGAGGGCAGCCCCGUUAAACCCUGUGGGUUCUCACAGGGAGGCAGGUUCAACGCAAUGUCACUUUCUGUGACGGGGAGUUACUUCCGACUCACACUAGAGGGGGACAACAUGAAGUUGUCCGAUUCUCAACUGGAAGCGGGACCCCUUAUUGGUCGCCAAAAUUCAAGCUGCACAUUAGAGGAAGCGGACGUAUUACAGAUUUAAUGCGUGUGUAUAUAUAGAUGUACUAUAAAGAAACUGGAAUCUCAGAUGAGUUUUAUUUUGUAUUAAGUUUGUAUUAACUUCAGAUGUUUACAGGGCGAAUUAUCGUUUUGUUUACUGAGGUGCUACAGAGGUCGUCGAGCGCCCCCUCUGGCCCCACCCUGACCUCAGUCGAGCCGCGCGGCUGAAGCAGGGCCCCGUGGCCCUCGCCGGGGGCCCCUAGCGGCCGGUCACCAACAAGCACAAAGAGCAUAGUUGUGCGACAUCCAAAACAAACACUACUGUGAAACAGUGGAUGAAGUGCCAAUCGCGUGGUGUGGCUACGGCCAAGGGCACCCAGCGACACGUGCUCCCCGUGUCGUUUACGCAGAUUCACUGUUACCUUUGUUCCACUUUGUUUUUAUAUAUUUUUUUCCCUUAAGCUCGCCUUUCGCUCACCCCUCUCUUUACUGGUUAACAGCAUUAUUACUGGUGGCUGCUAAUAAUCUCAGACAGGGUCUGCUCAGACCUCGUCCUUUACAGCCUGACCGAGAUGGGAACCACUUUGACAAUGGUGCUUUUCGACUGCCUUAAAAACCUACAAAAUUCCCGCAGUGUCCAGUUUGAAAUCGACAAAGAACGCAGAGACCCAGAAUGCAAAGCGCUCCGAAAAGCCGCCGCAUUAAAGCGCCUUUAAAGCGGCAUCCGUAUCCUCUAAGCACAUAUUGUCGUAGGCGGUUAUAAACGGUGGAGGGAUUUCACAAAUCCUUUCAGUCUCGUCUUACUUUUACUCUUUUACAGUACUUCUAGGAGCAAAAAUGGAGUAACACAGGAGUGGAGGGGAUUGUUUGUAUGUCGUCUUUUUAACCCAGUUGAGCUGGGGGAUUCACUUGAAUGGUCACGAGCACAACUCAUUAGUUAUGGAGCUCCUGCGCAUGCAUCGUGUCUUUCGUGUAUAAAGAGUUUACUUUUGAUUCGUUUUGUAUGAAUAUGUUUCUGUCAGUUCACCCUGACAAACCGAACGAGGUAGACGAAGAAUGGAUAGGUGAGUGGGUAGUUAGGAUAUGGACAGUUUCAUUUCUUUUCUUGGUUUUGCACACUUUUCUGGGGGGGGUGGGGGUAGACUGUAAAUACGAGGUCUCGCACAUUAACUCGGACGCAUCCUGCCCUGUUGAUAUUGACAUAAACGCUUUACUUGCUGAGGAUUCUUGUAACUUGCAGAUGAAAAAAAAAAACAACAAAUGCAAACCAAACUUUAGCAGGUGUGCGUCGUCCCGUAAUGAUCCGUCGUUUUUGCCUAUGCAGGAGCUAAACCGUAUAUAGAAGCAUGUACCACUGUUUGACUUAAAAAAAAAAAAAGUAGUUCACCAAAAGUAUAACGCAAACCACGGUUCAGGGCAGUGAAGUAAGGCAUUGUGCAUCUGUCCUGACAUACUCAACCAGUCUGUGGACAGAGCCAGACUGGAGCUUAUCUGCUGUUAAAAUAACUUGGUCGGAUACUCCAUUAGAUUUCAUUCGUUUUUAUGCCUUAGCGCAGUUGCUAACCCAAGUGCCCCGGCAGCAGCGAUUCUAUGACUUUUUAAGGUGGGGAGCAUAAGAUAAUUCAUAUAUAAUUCACACAGAGGGGCUAACCUUAUCAAUAGCCAAAGUUAUGUUUUGAAUCAGUGAGUGACAGGGGCCCUUUGGGGGCCAAUCAGCUUUCGUCAGAGGCCAGUGCCUCUGUGACCCCACCCCUGCAUACCAGGUUAUCCACAACAACUAUCGAUUCCCAGUUUCUGUCUCUGUUUAUCAGGCUGUGCAAUUUGACCUGGAUUUGGGGAGGAGAGCCCUGGGUGCCGCUGGCCCGCCGUGGUUCAUUCCAAAAAGCAGGAUUUAAUGCUAACACGCAGCUGGUGCUAUCAGCUAACUCAGCCCUUUGUGGUGUUUCAGUAUCUGCAGUUUACAGCUUUGCAAAAAAAAUGAUAAAUAAUAAUAAUAAUACUUAAGAUGUGCUAUCAACAGUGUCAAACUCAGGACAGUCCUGCCUUCUGUGCUAAACUCACAGGCCAGCCUUCUGCUCUUCUCCCCAAACUAUGGGACAGACAUCACAUCCAGAUCAGGGCCCACGUUGGUGCAGGAGGGCAGCUGAUCCCAGAUCAGAGAGCCCCACAGCCCCAUCCCACUCUGCCAGACUGGUUUUUAGGACAGAUGUAUCACGUGCCCUGUUGGCCACCCUGACCAUACAUCCAUAUCACGCUGUUAUGAGGCCGUUCAGACAGCCAGACCCGUGUUGGCCAUUGCAGCUGUACCAACCAAGUCGUCUCCAACUUCUUUGCAACGACAUCUCAGUGAGUGCUUAGCCUUUGCUACUCUGGCGUUUAUUUCCCUUUUUUGUGAAACAUUUGUCUUCAAAUGUUUUAUAUUUUGUACAUUUGUAUGUAGCAUAUCAUGUAAAUAGACAGAGACAGCAAUUUAAAUCAUCUUGAGAAUUUUGUAGUCUUUGUAAAGCCCUAAUAAAUAUAGUAUUUGGUGUCACCAGAGGGAAA